AAACGAGGUAGGAAAGUGGCGUAUUGUGAGCCUUUUAGCGUUCCGUAACUCCACCAUCGCGAGACUGCAAACCAUCCAGACGCAUUCAUCACCAUCUCCGGAUUUCAACCACGUGACACUGGACUCCACACUGUCAGACUUUCACCAGUUUGUUAGCUGCUCCACCGGAAAGAACAUUACUGGAGCGUCCUGCAGGAAGCACAUGCCCCACCUUCAUUUACAGCAACGCCGCCACAGUAUGUGGAGGCGAAGGAAGGGGGAAGCACUCUGCUUAGCUGCUCUGCCCAGGGAAAUCCAAAACCAAUGAUCAGCUGGCUGAGGGAGGGGGAGGAGCUCGCAACCAACGCCAAGUACUCAGUACAUGAUGGCAGUCUAACAAUCCUUGGCAUCACUAGAGAUGACAGAGGAGCGUACACAUGCCGAGCCUACAGUGACCAGGGAGAAGUGCUCCACACCACCCGUCUGCUGGUUCAAGGGCCUCCAUACAUCGUCUCUCCACCAGAAAACGUCACUGUAAACAUAUCCCAGAAUGCACUCUUCACCUGCCAAGCGGAGGCAUAUCCUGGCAACCUGACCUACACCUGGUACUGGGAAGAGGAUAACGUCUACUUCAAGAAUGAUCUGAAGCUCCGAGUGCGCAUUCUCAUCGACGGCACCCUUAUCAUCUUCCGGGUCAAGCCGGAGGAUGCUGGGAAAUACACCUGCAGUCCGAGCAACAGCCUCGGUAUCUCGCCCUCGGCGUCAGCCUACCUGACUGUUCAGUACCCUGCCCGAGUGAUCAACAUGCCCCCGGUCAUCUACGUCCCACGGAAACUGCCAGGCAUCAUCCGCUGCCCGGUGGACGCCAACCCACCUGUGACAUCAGUGAAGUGGGAGAAAGAUGGCUAUCCUCUCAGAGUGGAGAAGUACCCCGGUUGGAGCCUGAUGCCAGAUGGAAGUAUCCGGGUGGCAGAGGCCACUGAAGACUCCCUGGGCACCUACACCUGUGUGCCUUACAACGCCCUGGGUACCAUGGGCAUGUCCCCCCCUGCCACUUUGGUGCUAAAGGAUCCCCCUUACUUUAAUGUGAGGCCUGGGGGGGAGUACCGUCAGGAGGCUGGGAGAGAGCUAGUUAUCCCUUGUGCUGCUUCUGGAGACCCUGAUAUACCAACCAUCACCUGGAGAAAGGUGGGGAAGCCAAGCAAGAGUAAGCACAACAUCCUACCCAGUGGCAGCUUACAGUUUCUGUCCCUCAGCAAGGAGGACCAUGGAGAAUGGGAGUGUGUAGCCACCAAUGUGGUCACGAGCAUCACUGCCAGCACGCGUAUCCUAGUCAUCGGCACCAGCCCGCAUGCUCCUGGCAAUAUCCAUGUAUUGCCCUCAACAACCUCUGCUAAUGUGUCCUGGGAACCAGGAUACGAUGGCGGCUUCGAACAGACGUUCUCUGUGUGGUACGGUCCAGUGUCAAAGAGAACAGACUUCGGUCCUCACGACUGGCAUUCAAUGCCUGUUUCUGGUGCUCAGACCUGGUUGGUGGUGCCAGGGCUGGAGCCUGGGACAGAGUACCAGUUCAGUGUGUUGGCACAAAACAAACUGGGCACGGGCCCAUUCAGCGAAGUUGUGACAGUCAACACUGCAGGCUCUCCUCUGGGUACCCCAGAACCACUGGUGCUUCUUACUCCACCACGGUGCCUCACAGCCAAUCGCACGCAGCACGGUGUCCUCCUCACAUGGCUCCCUCCAGCCAACCACUCCUCUCCUGUCGACCGAUAUAUCAUGGAAUUCCGUCUUGGGGAGAGGUGGGAGGUUCUGGAUGACCUGAUCCCAUCUACUGAGACUGAGCUCAUAGCCAGAGACCUUGUUCAGGAAUCCUGGUAUGAGUUUCGAGUAAUGGCUGUUAUGGAUGACCUCAUCAGUGAGAGCAGCAACGUAGUGGGAGUGUCUAGCACAGAUCCCUUCCCCCCAGCAGAGUUGCCUGAUGAGGGGCUGGCACGGCCUGUGGUGGCGGGUGUUGUGGCGACUAUAUGUUUUCUGGCAGCGGCCGUACUGUUCAGCACUCUAGCAGCUUGCUUUGUCAAUAAGCAACACCGUCGUAAACUCAAGCGUAAACCAGAUCCUCCCUUGUCUGUGACACACUUCAGGAAAAGCAUUGAGUCACCGCCUCCUCUCACCCCCUUGCCAGGGGUAGAGCCCUGCUGGGACGAGCCUGCCAGGAGCAGUUUCUUGCCCCCGCCCGCCAGCCCCCUGUUAUCGUCGGGAAAGAUAAGUCCAGAGAGCUCCCCUCCAUCUCGACCCCGUUCUCUUUCUUCAGAGGGUUCCCAUGGUCCAGGCCUGUAUGUCAGGAAGCUGCCCAGCCCUCAGAGAGAAAGAGACAAAGAGCUCUCCUUCUACAAGAAAACCAAGCGUGCCAUAGCCAGCAAGAAAUACAGUGUGUCCAAGUACGAGGCAGAGGUCACCACGCCUAUUGAGCUGAUAAGCCGCGGCCCUGAUGGCCGCUUCGUCAUGGAGAGCCCACCGCCCCGCCGCAUCCAGGGCUUCCCCUUCGCAGAGGAGUCUGACAUGUACCCUGAGUUCCGGCAGUCUGAUGAGGAGAAUGAUUUUGACCCUGGGCCUCUGCCGCCCAUCAUGCCCACGCUGCGGCCCCAGCUCUCACCAACGUCCUCCAGCCUGGAGUCAACGCAGCCCCCCACCUACAGCCCCCGCCUACACAGGCCCAUGGAAGGUAUGAGCUUUGCAGAGGGCAGUGCACUUCACGCCUCAGGGCAGGCCCCGGCCUCCCGCUACAGGGGCUUUCCCCAGGGCCCAUUCUAUGGGUAUCUAGGCAGCCGCACUGAAUCAGGGAUUCCACCACCAUUCUACAUGCCUGACAUCAGCCCGCGUAGCUCCGCUCUAUCCUCCCCCCCAGGCACCGCAGAGGGGCCCUUUGGUUACCCCUCCAUCCCCGAGGAGAGUGGCGAGAUGGAACACCAUCAGUACACUGCCUCUGGCCAUUCUCUGUCUCACACACACAGCCCUCCUCCUCGCUCACCUGAAAGCUGGCAGCCACAUGAGUUACCCUUCCUGGGUCUAGAGGGUCCACGGUUCAUUUACCCACCACACCAUCCCUUACAUCAUCCCCAGGACCUCCCUGACCCACCCCCAUACCCUCCUCACUCUCUACCCCCUAGUCGCCUGCACUUCCCUCACCUUAAGGAUCCAACAAGCCCUGGACUCCUGCAGCUGGAGGUCCCUGUGGCUCCCCCAGGCAGAGACAGGCCUCCGGUUAGGCGUUUAGCUAUGCAACAGGCCCAGAGUCUCGGCCAGCUCAGACACACGGCCCACGGUGUGGGUGUACCAGUGUUGCCUUACCCUGACCCGGCAGCCCGUGCAGGGAGCCCAAGCACAGCCCCCAGUAGUAGCCCUCAGUCCUGGCUAAGCCCGAGGGCAGGGCGCCGGGCAGACCCCAGCCUACCCCCGCUAGUACUCCAGCCCUCCCGCCUCUCUCCACUCUCCCAAAGUCCUCUUAGCACCCAGCCGGGUUCCCCAGAUAUUCUAGUGCGGCCCCCUCCGCGCCCCAGCAUCCUCCGUACCUCUCGGUCUCUGGAGAUGCCUGAGCUCACCCUGCAGCCCUCGGUCAGUUUCUCCCGGAGGUCCUCCCUGUCCGCCUCUCCCACGCAGAGCCAGGGCGGCAAGCAACACAGUCCCAGUUACCACGCCCACAUGUCCUAUGCCUCCACUGCAGCCAGUUACCCCUCCCAGUCCCCCUCUCCCCCUCUGGAGGGCAGGGAUGUUUUCGGGCAGAGGCCAUCCCAGAGAAGGACAGAGGAGGAGAUGCUACCCUCAGAGCCCUCUCAGCUCCAGAUAUCAGCCUCAGGGGAACCUCUAGGUGCGUCUAGUGAUCCUGCCGGGUCUGAGAGCUUACCAGCACUGCUACACCACUGUAUUACUAAAGCCAAGGGAGUGGCUGCCAACAACAAUAACAACACAACCUCCGGAAGGAGAACAGGUGUGUGUCCCUCUCAGACCCAGCAGAAAUCUCAGACACUCCAAGAGGAAGAGGAUCUCAACUUCCACAGAAAGAGGAAAAGGCAGAACAAGAAGAAUCCAUAUCUCUAUUUGACCUCCUUCCUGCAUCGCAGGCAGUCUGAGGAGGACCAGACAGGCAUUCUGGCCAGUGCAGACUCAGAGGGCCCAAAUUAUGGGACUCUACACUGACCCGUGUGCCCACCAAGCCAUUGGACUAAAAUGACCUCCCCUGAAGAUAAAACCCACCUCAGCCCUCCCUGCUCCACGCUGGUUCCUGUAUCAAGCUAAUACAUUUCUCAUAAUCUUUAAAAGUUGUCGGUGUUUGCAGAGUGGGGAAACAUCCAGCUGAAUACUCCGGGGUUGGAAAUCUUAUUUGAAGACAAGAACAAUGGCUUUUCUGAGUUGUCACCACUACUUGUCUCUGAGGAAUUUCACUUGAAAAUGCUCUGAAAAUAUAUAAUGUAUAUAAAUAGUAAAACAAGGGAAUUAAGCUUCCUCCUACAGUAAUAAAAAUGUGUUGGUUGAGUAUGUAACAACACGUUAAAGAUUUUUCACUCACUGAUCAUUGAGGGGUCCAUAUCUUUAGGUUUUUCAGUGAUACAGUGUACUGUGAAGCCUGGUGCGUCCUCGGACAUGGGGCAUGAGUCUACCUUUCCUACAAUACAAAUAGUGUCAGUAUUCAAACACAGGGUUCUUACCACAAAAUAUACCUCAGAGUAAACGCAGAGUUGCUGUAAUUCUUGUGGUAUACUGUACGUACUUGACCUUUUUACAUAUGAAAUGUAUGGAUAAAAAGGUUUAUAUCACACACACCACACUCAUUGAAAUGGAUAAUAUGGCCUAACGUUAUCUGAUUUAAAAGCUUGUUAUUAUCAGCUGGCAUAUUGUGUUCAUUUUGAUUUAUGAUCCAAUGCCAACCAUUAGAAGACUGUCUUAACUUUAGUGCUUGGCGGCUCAGUGUAUUUACACCGUAUUAAGAUGAAGAUCAUAGCCUUCAUGAGAAAAUAAUUUGGGACUUACACGCUCAACCAAGGUUGGACUUCUAGGGUUUAGAAGAACAGGGUGAUGAAUUGUGAAGUGUACUGUAGUAUGUAUUUCAUUAUUAAGGAAUAAUUUGGGAAACGUGGCACGUGUCAAGGUGCCUUUUUUUGCCUUUUCUCAUUUUUUUCGAACAUAAACUGCCUUUUUCCUUCGCCUUCUCAUAUUUGUCUCUUCGGGUGAGUGAGGGACUCCAAUACUAUGUGUGUUUUUACUUUCUCUGCCAAGGACACAUGAAAGAAAAUGCUACAGAGUAUGCAUAACUCUUCUUUUUUGUUUGUUGUUUUUGUUCACAUUUAUAUUUUAAAUGGGUACCUGCUUCACCUGUGUAUAUCCAAGUAAUAGGACAGAACCAGAACACCCAUACAAAAAGAAAAAAACACUUUAGAUUAGAGAAAUAAAAACGGCAUAUAAAUCAAUAAAUAUAACUACAGUGGAAAAGUUCAGAAGCACUGUACAUGAAUUUUCAUGCAGAGAGAACAAACCAGUAGAGUAAGGAUGUUAAUGUUUAACAGCAGCUGUUAAAGGAGAAUGAUUGCUUCGUAAAGCUGCCAAUAAGUAAUGGGAAAUAUUCAAACAAUGGCCACCCUGACUGUUUAUCUUUUAACUGUAUAUUACUUGCUAGCUACUUCUCUGUAUGUUUGUUAAUUUUUCGACACUAACCGAUAAUGAAUGUAUGUUUUGCUGUACAGGAAAUGAAUGUCACAGUGACCCGUUACAUUGUUACUAGUGCGGCUGCAAUUGGUGAGAUGAGCAGUUGACACAUUAAGUCCAAAUUGUUUUACUUCUCUGUGUUAUUCCUGUAUGCGGUAAUAACUAAUGGGCCCCGCACAGGUUCUGAGCCAAGCUCCCUUUGCUCUGACAAAUGGUUUCCUUUUAUUGCUAAUGCUAGUUCAAUCACUCAAAUACACAUCAGAUAUAUUGCCAUCUGCUACAAACAAAUGAGAGGUUUUCCGUCAUAUAUCCACAUGAAUGAAUCAACUCAAUGGCUGCUUACUGAAAUCUCAAACACGUUUUGACAAGUGAGAAAGUGAUGAUUGCCUGGAAGUGAGCGUCAAAGUGCAUAUUCUACUUUAACAAAUUGGUUUCAUGUAAGAUACGAGGAAAAAAAAUUCUAUAUUUGUUAUGUACUGUACAUGGUAUGUAUUGUAUUUGUAAAGAUAAAUCAAACCAUGUUUUACAGGAAGACGUUCUUUUGUGAGGAUGUAUGAAAAGACAGGAGGAUCCCAAGGAAAAAGAAAUUAGAUUAUAUAUAAAAAUAUUUGCUUACAUUACGGCUUUAAGUGGAAAAUGUUUUUAAAACAUUUUAAGGUGCCUCAUUUGUCAUACUUUAGCAGACGUUAUUUUAUCUGAGAAGAAAAGAAACCUUAAUGUUAGUACCGUACAAUGUAUUAUUGCCAUAGCCCGCUGGCUGCACAAGUUAAGUAGUAUUUUCUCUGAUGUAUAGUACAUGAAUGCCCACUGGAAAAAGCUUUAGAAGCAGAAGUGUGUUGCCCUCUUUAAUAUUCCUGGAACAAAGUAAUACUGUAUUUUGCCCAUUCAUGAGCACACAUGUAGAUUCACUCCAGAUCUUUCGCCUUCAGGUGUCCAAAGCAAAUAAACUGAAGGAAACAUUUUUUCUAAGAGUCACAGACAUGCUGUAGUCAUGUACAAUACGUGCUGUGGAGGAAAUUGUGUUUACAUUAGUUUGAUAAAGAAAAGUGUGUUAGGGCAUAGUUGCUUUGAACAUUACGACUUGGUGCUAUGUUUAACUUUGUGGUGCUGUAGAAUAGAGGUCUAAAGAUUUUUCCGUUUUCUGUUUCCAAAAGCAACACUUUCGGCCCUGUGUGUUUGAGCAACUAAACUUGUUCCGGUAGACACUAUAGAUCCUUAUCAUAACAGUAUCAUGGUGUGAUGACAGUGAUAGACAAUGGAAAAUAGAAGUAUAACCUCAAAUAAUAGACGUGACAUUCAGAUGAACUCAAGAUGACCUGUUUUCUAUAGUGUGUUUGCAAUGUUUGUCUGUGCUUCCAAGGUACCCUCUCUAAAGUAUAUUUGUGAUGAUAUUGAAAAUAUUAACCCAGCCUAAAAAAACAAAACAUAACCUGAUUUAGAUUAGUACACGCCACAGGACACAUGGGAGGGAAUCUGAGAGCAUCGUCAGGUCAUGAGAGGAUCUUUUCUACACACUUCCUUUAGGUCUACCAUCUUUGGUUAACAGCACUGUUUUUCAAGCACACUACUGCAAGGGGCGUAAGCGUCUCACAUCAUCUCACCACCGUUCUGACGGUAGAAUUCCUACUAGUACUGUACAGGAUAGCCAUGAGUAGUCAUCAGACCUCAUUUGUAUUUACUGCUAAAUCUAAUGGUAGAAAGGUAUUGGGAAGCUCAUACAUCCUCUCCAUGGGUUUUACGAAUGGAUGUCGUCUUCCGGGCUCUUUUUUGCAUAUUCAAAUGAAACAUGUACAGUGUUUAAGAGGGCUGCUUUGGACGUACUGUUAGCUCAAUCUUAUGUUGUUUUUUUUCCUCCAAUUUUUCUGCUUACAGCUUUUAGUGCAUCACUCGGUGCUGGUAGAAUGAUACUUAGAAACCGAUUUGAUUUUUAUUGUAUUAAUCUUGCAUGUAGAGACAAUACAAAAAAAAAACAACGCCUAUUUAGCAAUCAUUCAUGGACAUCCGAGCUGGUUGUUAUUGGACGGAAAAUAGAAAUAUGUAGUAUUUUCUAUAUUCUCUGUUUUUUCAUGUGUACCAGCACUGAGAAACUAGAAUGUAUUAUUAUCGUAGGCUACAAUAAGCACUACAUCGUUGACUGUUUUAGCUUAUGCUCAUACUCAAGCAAACCAAGUAGUGCUUCAAAAGGAAGAAAAUUUACAUUUCAUUUCAUUUUCAUCCACUGAACUCUGUGCUGUACAUCACAUGUUUACAUUGUGUAUUAUAUGUUGUUUAUUCUGUAUUGUUUUUUUUGUACAUAAUUUGUCUCCAUAAAUGUUCUUUAAUUCAACAAUGUUCAUAUGUAAAUAUUUCAAAAAGCAAAAACAUUUUUUACUUUUCUGUCUGUUUAAAAUGAUAACCUGAUGUUUUCUCUCUCUUUUUUUGGGGGUCAGUUUUUAGACUUGUCAUUCUGUUCCGUCACUACAUCAGGUAUUAUGCUUCACUUAACUUUUUGUGAGCAAUUAACUCAUAUUGUAUGGUGCUGUACCAAAGCCUUAUGUAUAAUAUUUGUAUUACUUUUCUCUCGUUUGCCACUGCUGUCCAGUGAUUUCUGUAUCGUCUGAGAUCAUGUCUUACUCACUCUUCAUGUUCAACUGCCAUGGAUCUCGUUUCUUUAUUGAGUAAACAGAAACCUAAGCGAACUAUGGUGUAAAAAAACACUCUGUUGGCCUGUUACCAACUGGCCUGGAUAUAUAGUGACAGUCGCCAUCAAAAGCCUUUAUAGGGAAAAUGCACAGGCUCAUUGGUGGCUCAUCAUGACGUAGACAUGGGCCUAGCACAUGAUCUAUGCUCUAUCUAUGGCAUGUCUGUGAGAAUAUGAAAGCAGUGUUGUAUUCAUGUCACCAUAUCAUUUCAAAUGCUUAGUCCCAUACGAAAUUUUCCUCUCAAAUUUUUGUAUUUUGAUAUAAUAAAAAAAUCAAAAGAG